AUGGCUGAGCUAUUAAUCAAGUGCUAUGAACACGUCAAAACAUUCCGCAAUCAGGUCAGGAGAGGGCGCGCCGGAGGGCGAGCCUUGUAUAGGGGUGUUGGAGAAAUGCCGCAGACCGCAGUGACAAUCAAGAACGACCGUGUGAUACUGAAAUGGAAAAUUGAUUACACAAAGAUCACGAACAGAAACACGUACACUGUGACCACUGAACCGAGGAGGAUGACUGAUGAUGAUGAUGAUGAUGUACAGCAUCCAGACGAGGAUGAGAGAAUAAGAUAA